UCAUUUAUUUUCUCAUCUUCUCUGAUCUCUUCUAUCAAUCUCUCGGAUCGAUUCAAUAUCCAUCAACGCCGUAACCAUGGAAACAGACGGCGACGCCACCGCAGCGCAGUCCCAAUGCACCUCCGGCAAAAAAUCCAUGACCACCUCCACCUCCUUCCGGCUGCGGAGCCCCAGCCUGAACUCCGUCCGCCUCCGCCGCAUCUUCGACAUGUUCGAUCGCAACAACGACGGCAUUAUCACCGUGGAUGAGCUCAACAAGCCGCUCAACCUCCUCGGCCUCAACACCGAUCUCUCCGAGGUCGACUCCAUGAUCCGAUCCUUCAUCAAGGACGGAAACGACGGCCUCACGUUCGACGACUUCGAGGCUCUCCACCGCUCCCUCGACAACGUCUUCUUCGGCUGCGACGAGGCCGGAGAAGACGGCGAGGAGGCCAUCUCCAAGGCGCAGGAGGAGACGGAGAUGAAGGAGGCGUUCAGAGUGUUCGACGAGGACGGCGACGGAUUCAUAUCCGCCAGGGAGCUCCAAGCGGUGCUCACCAAGCUCGGAUUGCUGGAGAAUGGCAAUGAGAUCGAUAGAGUGCAGCAGAUGAUUUCUUCCUACGAUCAGAAUAGCGAUGGCCUCGUCGAUUUUUUGGAGUUCAAGGAUAUGAUGCGCUGUGUCAUCCACAAGAAUAAUUGAUCGGAUCGAUCGAUCGGUUAGACCGUACCAACUCAAUAA